AUGUCUCCUGCCAUUUGCUUGAUUAUGCAUAACGUGUGUUUCAUGUCAUUUGAAAACCCUGGUGAGAUAUCUUUGUGGAAUGGCUUUAUGGCAGAUUACACUAAGAAUUACAUGUACGUGGAAGUCUUAGGACUUUUUGAUAAGUUGAUGUGUUAUCCUUAUCUAAAACUUGAUAGUUAUAAUCCGCGGCGGCCAAAUAGCAGGAAGUUUGACGAAGCUCGAAGAUACUUUGGCAUGAUGAGAAGAUAUGGAUUUGAGCCGGACUCAGUUACAAUCACCACUGCUAUUUCGUUAGCAGACACGUUAAAAUCCACAACCGUUGGUUGUUUUGGAUGCUGUGUGAAACCCACACCAAUUAUUGCUGUUGAUAAGCCUGCCAAAGGACUAAAAAUUCAGGGGCAGAGUAUGAGAAAACCAACCACUUCGGAUGGAUUUUGGAGUUCAAGUCCUUGUGAUUUGGAUAACAGCACCAUUCAAUCUCAACGAAGUAUAUCUUCUGUCAGUACAUUAAAUCAAAUUCUAUAUCAAAGCAAUGGAACUUCUACUGCAGGCACCGACCCUGAAUUUGUAAACCAAGGUCUUCUUCAUUGGAAUCAAAGCAGGAAUCAGUGGGUUGGACACAGCCUGUCUGAGAAGCAAAGCCAAGAAAAACAAGAAUCCCGACUAAAUCGGAAUGCAACUUAUGAAAGUUUGCUUGGGACUAGACAACCUUUCCCGAAGUCCGUACCUCUAUCUGAAAUGGUUGAAUUCCUAGUGGAUGUUUGGGAGCGUGAAGGAAUGUAUGGUUGAGAUUGA